AUGUCUGCAGAUAUGGACUUGUCUCCCCCGGAAGUUCCUGAACCAACUUUUCUUGAAAGCCUGCUCCGCUACGGCCUCUUUCUUGGUGCCAUCUUCCAGCUCAUUUGCAUUCUGGCAAUCAUCGUGCCCACCUCUAAAGGGCACGAAAAGGAGGAGACCGAGUCCACUAACGGCAAGGCAGCGGACCAUUCGAAGAAACCCAAAGCGUCAGUGCCUCAAAUUAGACCAAAAUCUAAAAAGGAAAGCAAAAAGAAGCGAUAA